UGAGUUUCGGAUUCGUUAACCUAUUAUUCAUACAGUAUGCUGUUAAAAAUUUUGAUAAUAAAUCUAAUUUUAUUAUGUGGAUGGUGUACACUAAGUUCUGAGCAGAUAUCUGGAAUAUCGAAAACAUUGCUGCAACUUAACGCUGAAUAUAAAACAAAUCUUAAUGUGUUCAUUAACUCUGAGGAUUUUAAUUUGGAUUACCAACUAAUAGGGACUCCAGCAAUUCAACUUCAAAUGGCAAUUAAGAAUUUUCACAAAUUUCGCUUAUUCGGAAACUUUUCCCAUAACGCUUUGAUAAUUAUUGUCAUAAGAAUUCCACCACUUGAUCCAGCGGUGGCUUUUCAUUUACCAUAUCUUCUUAAGGAACUACAUGAACUUAAUAUAUUAUUCAUUACGGAGGAGGAUCCCACCGUCUGGCAGGAGGAUCUUUAUAGAUUUUGUUUUCAAGAAGGCUUCAUCAAUACUCUUUUGAUUCAUAAAGUUAAUCAAACUCAACUACUUUACAGCUACAAUCCGUAUCCACAAAUUAAAACCAUUGAACUACCUCAACUAGAAGACUAUUUCAAUAGAUGACAACACAUACAAAACUUUCAAAAUUUUACAAUUCGGACUCUACAGGAUAUUGUGGAACCUCGCUUAUUAAGAUAUGUGAAUCGUAAGGGUCAAAUUGUUUAUGCCGGAUAUCUUCUGAAUGCCCUCAAAGAGUUCGUAAGACGUUAUAAUGCAACAUUGCAAUUUUUACCCAAACUGCCAGAGGAUAAAGCAUUUCUAAAGGCAUUUGCAAUGAUACAACACAAACAAGUGGACGUAGUUUGUUAUAUUACCGAGAUACCGUGGCAACUGACCAGUACAGCACCUCUCUAUCUGCUUCGCAGCUACAUUGCCGUGCCACAUUCGCGACCCAUUGCCAGUUAUUUGUACUUUGGACGACCUUUCACCUGGAAUUUGUGGCUCGCCGUGGUUGCUACUGUGGUUUAUGGUAUGAUUAUGCUUUAUGCAAGUUGUGGGUCUGCCAGAUCGGAAUUCGGACUUCACUUACUUAGUAGCUUGUGUCACAUUUUAUUUAUUUCACAACCACAACAGAAUAUCAGCCAUUGGCAACAGUUUGCAAUACACUUUAUCAUGAUUCUCAGUGGAUUUAUACUGACUAACUUAUAUCUGGCGAUGUUGUCAAGCAUGCUAACUUUGGGUUUAUUUGAGCCACAAUUUAAUACUCUUCAAGAUCUGAAACAUUCUCCAUAUCCAUUGAUGGUCGAUGACUAUUAUAUAGACUAUCUAAAACAUGCUGUUUCUCUGCCAGUAGAAGUCAAAGAUCAGAUGCUCAUCGAAACCAAGGAAAACUUAUUCAUCGCGCGCACUGGUUUGAAUACUAGUUAUAUGUACUUUAGCUAUGAGGAUCGAUUGGAGGCAAUCCUAUAUCAGCAACACUUACUGAAAGUGCCUCGAUUUAAAGUCAUACCAGAAAGCUUUAUGGAUGGACUCAUGGCACUUCCAACAGCCCCAUCUUUGCCAUAUCUGAGCCAUCUUAAUGUAUUCUUUAGGCGAAUAUUUGAAUGCGGAGUUUGGAACAAGAUGAAGAGUGAUGCCUGGAUGGAUGCAAUCGAUAGUGGAAUCUUCAGGUUGAUGAGAAACGAGGGAACGGAACGGAAACCAUACGAUUUGGAUUUUUAUUUCUUUGUCUUUGUGCUCUGGGCUGUAGGUUUGACUUUGGCAGGACUUUGUUUUCUUAUGGAGUUGUUAAGAUGGCACAUCAAUGCUGUUCUCUUUUCCACAUAAAUAUAUUCAUAUUUUAUAAAAU